AUGUCGUCCGUGUCUCGAUUCUUGACACUAUUGGGAGUUUUGGGGGUAGGGGUGAGAGGCGCAAAAGGCGGUGCUUUUCACCACUUUCCUGAAUAUAAUACAACAAGCUAUAGCACGACAGUUGUCACACUACCUACAACAUAUGAGACAUGUCCAACUAGAAACGUAACUGUCAUUUCACCUACGACGUUGAUAUCUACGACUACGGUACACCUUCCACCGAUCAUCUCAAACCUGACGGUCACAGUUACCGUGCCAGAAACAGUCACGGUCACCUCUACAGCGAGCUAUACUACCGUAGUCCCGACGACUAGUCUCACUACUGUCAUUGUGCCAACGACUAUCACGCCUCCAGUUUCACAUACAACUGAUAUCACAACGAUCACGCCUCCAGUUUCACAUACAACUGAUAUCACAACGAUCACGCCUCCAGUUUCGUAUACGACUGAUAUCACGACCGUCACCAUAUCUGAAGAGGACAAUGAAUGCCCGACGACAUGUAGCCUGGUGGCAAGCACAGUUCAAUUGGUCUUCUGGCCUACGAGUAAUGAUUAUACCUAUCCCUCAACUUAUGUCGCAACAGACCUAGAUUACACUUUCACAUCACCUUCCGUAUAUCUACUCAUUAGCACAAUAUACGGCACCGAUUCCGUUGGCCGAGCAGGCCCUUCAGGGACGAACAAAGUAUUCGCCCUAGAUCUGGACCAGAUUUCCACGAUCGUGCCUAAAGCGCAGAUCACUCGGCAGCUCACUCUCAAUGACCUGCAUACGAACUGUCCGCAGUCCGAAGACCCUGAAGUAAUCGCAACCACAAUACCUGAUGGGCACUGUGACUUCAGCCUGCUUGCGCCAGAACCCGUGAAGCAGUGGGCUUUACCAUGCAAUGCCUGCGGAAGACUCGGGCUAUUCGAUCCCCCGUACGCGGUUCCUCCGCUCGAUGGAGGAAUUAUAGGGCCUACGAUUACAACCACGAGUGUCGAUACCACGACCUUCAUGAGCACUACAUCGGCAUCUAGUGGACCGACCACGACGAUAGUGACGGCUACAACCACGACUCCUGUUAGUCAGGCUACGGAGACAGAAAGUACCACAUCAGUCAGUGAAGCGACCUCUGGAAGUCAGAAUACGGAGACGGGAGUCACCUCAUCUAUUGGUGAUCCGACAACUAUAGCUACGGCAUCUGCAAGCAAAUUGGCCGGUAUGUGCGGCACCGCAUGGCUACUUGUGUCAUGCGUUAUAAUCCUCUACUUGUGA